GUCGAAUGUGUCACGCUGUAAAAGAAGCCACUAGAAAAUAACAGUACAAUGCAAUUCGAUUAUAACAAUGUUUUAUUUAACAUUCUCAAUAGGAACAAUUUGUGACAGUGAUUUUAAGUGUUUUAACUUAAUUAGUAAAAUUAUUGUUGUGUUGGUAAUUGACUGUCGAUAAUGCGUAAAAAUGUGCUUAUAAGCGAUUAAUUUAAAUAUAAAAUAGUUAAGUAAUAAAAAAUAUAUUUAUUAUAAGGUAGAUACUUAUGUUAUGUGAAAAGUACACGUGUCUAAGAUUGUUGUCACCUAUUUUUCAUGGAAGCAGUGGUUUUAGAGAUACCGCAAUCUUCAUAUGAAAAGCCUCUUAAUAUUUGUCUAAAUAAUGGAUAAGUAAGAUCUCAAAUAUUUGUGAGAGUGAUUUGUAACAGCAUGGGACACAAGAUGGUUUUAGUCCUAAUAUUAAUGGUGUCUACAUUGUUAUGUAAAACUGAAGCAGGAAGAGUGCAGGCUGCAGUGAGUUUUUUAACAAAUGCAUCGUAUCAAGAAAUAGAAUUGAAGUCGGAGUCGAGUUUAUCACUCCGUGACAUUUUGCCAGUUAAAGCGAAAUAUUACGACAAAAACAGAGCUCCAAAACUGCUGGGGCAGCCCACUAUAGUCUACUUCCACGUUACUGUUCUGUCACUUGACUCCAUUAAUGAGGAAAGUAUGACAUACGUAGCUGAUAUCUUUCUAGCUCAAUCCUGGCGGGACCCUCGUCUUCGAUUACCAGAGAACAUGCACGAAGAGUACCGGAUCUUGGAUGUGGAGUGGUUGAACAGCAUCUGGAGACCGGAUUGCUUUUUCAAGAAUGCAAAGAAAGUCACCUUUCACGAAAUGAGCAUACCUAAUCAUUAUUUAUGGUUGUAUCAUGAUAAAACGCUUCUUUAUAUGUCGAAGUUGACCCUGGUGCUGUCGUGUGCAAUGAAGUUCGAAUCGUAUCCACAUGACACCCAAAGCUGUUCCAUGAUGAUCGAAAGUUUGUCGCAUACGGUCCAUGACCUGGUGUUCAUAUGGAACCUGACUGAUCCACUGGUCGUCAACCCGGACAUCGAAUUGCCACAACUUGACAUCUCGAACAACUACACAUCGGACUGUACUAUCGAGUACUCCACUGGUAACUUCACCUGCCUAGCUGUGGUGUUCAACCUGCGCCGUCGCCUGGGCUACCACCUGUUUCACACAUACAUACCAUCGGCACUGAUCGUCGUGAUGUCUUGGAUCUCGUUUUGGAUUAAACCCGAGGCGAUACCAGCUAGAGUUACACUAGGAGUCACCUCUUUGCUAACUUUAGCGACUCAAAAUACGCAGUCUCAGCAGAGUCUCCCGCCAGUUUCUUACGUCAAAGCCAUAGAUGUAUGGAUGUCUUCAUGUUCCGUGUUCGUGUUUCUGUCACUGUUCGAGUUUGCGGUGGUCAACAACUAUAUGGGACCGGUAGCCACCAAAGCCAUGAAGGGUUACUCAGACGAAGAUCUAUCCCGAGAUCUGGAUGCUUUUAAGCAUAUAUUUCCAAACCCAGUUGAUCCUCGCGCCAGUACAUCAGCGUCAAUACCUCAGUACGAGACCUUCUGCAACGGAAGGGAGACGGCCGUCUACAUCGACAGAUUCUCACGAUUCUUCUUUCCGUUCUCCUUCUUUAUUCUCAACGUUGUUUAUUGGUCUACGUUUUUGUAGAUCUUAUAUUUACGAUAUAUGUAUACAUAGAUAGAUAGAUACUUUUUAUUGUUCCCUACAAAAGAUUAUUAUUAAGAAGCAGGUUGAAGAACCUGCGAGAGCAUUUUGACUGUAGCAUUCUUCAGAGUAGCAGAUUAAAAAAUUAAGAUUGCCCUAAUGUAGCUAAGUUCUGAUUUAAAUACAAUUAGGCUUUGAGACACAGGGAGACUUUGUACAAAAAGUCGAUUGCUUGGGUACCUCUGUCCCAUUCGUGUUUCAACCGUGAAGCAGUUGUGUUUGCAUGGCUGUGUUUUGGUUUGAAGGGUGGGAUAUGGCGUGAAUUUACUAGGUACAGAGGAAUAACAUCUGAAUCCUCAGGAAUGGCAACGCAUGGGGGGUAUCAUGGGCGAAACAGUAUACUCUGUUAUGUCCCUGGUACUGCUCAUGUCUAUAGGCGACGGUUACCACUUUCCAUCAGGUGGGCUGUCAGCUUGUUUGCCAUUCUAAGUUGUAUAAAAAAAAGGCUGUCUAUUGACUUGAUAGAUGAAGAAGAAAAUUGAUGAAAAUUUAUGUAAUUGUGUUAACAGAUCUAAGUCAAAUUUAAAAUACAGGCAGGUCACAGCACUCAUACAGACAGUCAUAAACUCUUAAAGUACUUAAAAAUUAAAUGCUAAAUAUUUCACUUUGAUGUAUGUAUGUAAGAAAAUAUUUGAAAAGUUAAAUGAUCCAUGUAUUAAUAGAUUAGCACUAAAAAGAUUGGCUCUUUUUAUUUUUUUAAACAAAUCGGAUCAAAUUGCUAAUUAGUGUAAAUGGAUGAAAAUGGUUCCCGUCUAUGCUAACAGUAUAUACUGGUGAACUACUAGUGAGGGACGAUAGGUGAGGUUAAAGUCAGGCUUAUUGGUCCAUUGUGAGGAACUCAUCAAGAAUUGAUCAUGAUUAUUUCCAGUGGGAAUCGCUGUGUAGGUCCCGGCAAGAAGAAUGUGAGAUAGAAUAGGGGACCUCUUGCAUUUUCGUUGGUGUCGUAAGAGGCAACUAAGGGAAGUUAUUGGUAGAGGAAUGGGUAGCAGUGCCCCUUUUAAAACACCAUUAAAAGCCUAACUGCGGUUGCCAAUCCGUCUGCCAAGCGUGGCAACUACUGGCAAACUUAUCUUUUAGGGAGAGCUUAUGUUCAACAGUGAACAGUUAACGGCUGGUAUGAUCGAUCUGAUAGGGUAAGUGGAUUGCUAGUAAUGGGGAUAUUAAUUAUCAUUACUAACAAUCUCUUCUCCCAUGGAAAAUUAAGACUAAUAGAAAGUUGUAACUAUAAACUAUAGUCAUGAAUAACACCAUGGACAUCAUGACUCUCUGACUAGGGGGAAAUGGGAUUGUUAGUAAUAAGGAUUAACUACCCAAUUGCUAGUAAUAUACCUUAUCAGGUCGACCUCCAUGCGAUUCCUCCUUGACACCAUCGUGAUUAAUUUAUCUUCUUGCUUCAUCCUCACCUAUCAUCCCUCACUGGUGCUCCGUCAGUGUAUACCGAUAGCACAGGCUGAGUUGCUAUUCCAUUAUCAUCCAUUAAAUAUAUACCUUCUAACUAGAUACUAGGAAGUUUUUACUGUAACAUAUUAAUAAGAAUAGACAAAUAGGUUAGAAUUCCCAAAGAGGGUUGACGUCAGGCAGGCAGCCGGUCGUAAAACUAUAAGCCAAAUCUUUUUGCAAUAUGGAUAAAAAGCA